UUUCAUAAAGCUAGGUGCUGAUCGUUCAAGAGCAAUGAGGCCUCGUAAAUCGUGUGACGAAAUCUAUCAAGUGAAAUCAACAAGGCCGUCGGAUACCUAAUCAUUCUCUCCCAACAAAUGAGCAUCGCAAAUAUCAUCCACCGCGACAGCGUACAUAAAGACACAAUGGCUACGAAUAACCGCAUUCCCCAACCCUUCCGAGCGAUACGUGCCAAAUCCACUCAAUCCACGGUCACAGUUUACCAAGCCUUCUCCCCCGAAAUCGCUGAACCCGCUGUGAGGGCCCAGAAAUUCGUCCCUCCGUUCUCCCGCACCCGCAUGACCUGGAUCAAGCCCUCAUUCCUCUGGAUGGCUUACCGCUGCGGCUGGGCCACCAAACCAAACCAAGAACGUGUUUUGGCAAUCGAGGUCACCCGCAAGGGCUUCGAAUGGGCCCUGAAAAGAUCCUGCCUCAGUCAUGUACCUGGCAACCAGGACCAGGAACAAGGCAAAUGGCGCCAGCGGCUCCGCGAGAGUCCUGUUCGUGUACAGUGGGAUCCGGAGCGAGAUCUGUGGCAUCGGCCAUUGGGGCAUCGGUCUAUUCAGAUUGGGCUCAGUGGGGAGGCUGUUGAGCGAUACGUUGACGAGUGGAUCGUUUCGAUCACAGACGUGACGGGUCUUAUGGGGGAUGUCAAGAGGGCCCUAGAUAAGGGGGAUAUCGAAGAAGCGGAAGGCCUUCUUCCGAUAGAAUGUGUGUAUCCUCUGUCGGAGGAGCUGCGGGAUAUAUUGCAUGCAACGUAAAGCAGGACCGGAUGUUUGGUUGUUCUUUCGCUGCUGCCUGUACUCAUGGUUGUUGGCAUAUUUCGGCGGUGCCGUUGGGCAUGCAUAAAGUCGUGGUUUGAUAUUAUCUUUGUCACUAGCGAGGUCGGCCUGGCUUCGUUGGUUGCGACAAUAGGCUCUCUCAGCCUGUUUGUGCCCUUACGACUGGAGUAAGCUAAUUAUAAGAUGGAGUAGUAAGCCUUUCUCGCCGAGAGUUUCAACUUUUCGCCGAAGUAAUCGUAAGUGCUAGUGAACAGGAGAAAUAGAGAAAAGAACAAAGAAGGAAAUAAAGGCAAUUGCAACCCUGAAGGUGGAUUCUAGAGGAAGUUCGCCAUGACACCAAAAUCCCACCAAAGGUUUUAACUUUGUAGUCACAAGAGGCUACAUACUGUCUUUAGAUUCAGCCAUGAGUGUACUAAAAGCAAAUGUAUACUAACUCCGUGAGUCACCAUGCGACAUAACAGCUGCAC